AUCUCCUAUAAAUAGUGCAGGGCGAUCGAGAUAAACCUACUGAGAAUCAAGGUAGGUGAUGGAGGCAGAGAAAGGGAAGCAGGAGGAGAGAUCUAGGUUUAAGAGGAUUUGUGUCUUCUGUGGAAGUCAACCGGGGAAGAAGACAAGCUACCAGCAGGCUGCCGUGGAGCUCGGAAAUGAAUUGGUGAAGAGUGGCAUUGAUUUGGUGUACGGAGGAGGGAGCAUUGGAUUGAUGGGGCUUCUUUCUCAUGCAGUGCAUGAUGGUGGUCGUCAUGUUCUAGGGGUGACCACGAGUUCUUUGUUGCCAAGCGAGUUAGCCGAUCAGGCUGUUGGAGAAGUGCUGACUGUGACCGAUCGGCAUGAACGAAAAGCCGAGAUGGCGCGCCGGGCAGAUGCCUUCAUUGCACUCCCUGGUGGAUAUGGAACGCUCGAAGAACUUCUUGAAGUCAUUACAUGGGCUCAGUUAGGGAUUCACAAGAAACCGGUCGGGCUGCUAAAUGUGGAAGGUUUCUAUGAUUCUCUACUGUUGUUUAUCGACAUGGCCGUCGCGGAAGGGUUCAUAAGCGAGGCUGCUCGGCACAUCAUCAUCUCCGCUCCGUCGGCGAAGGAGCUCGUCGGAAAGUUAGAGGAUUACACUCCUCAGUAUGAAAUAAACUUGGUUUGGGAUGAUGCUGAUGACCAGCCACUGAAACUCACCCUUUGAGAUACAAACUCUAUUGGAUCAAUCAUCUAGUUUUGCUCUAGCCUGUUUGGUUAUGUAUACACAUGAGUCAACAAUAUGGGAAUAAACUAUUUUGGGAGCUUGUUAGGUUUGAGGAUCUAUACAUGAAAGCGAUAUGAACACAGAAUGUCAUGUUUCCAGCUUUAAUUAUGGAGUGUUUG